UGCGCGAGGCCUACAUGAACAUGUACCUCGCGGCAUUGCCAUAUCGCUUCUCAUCACCCUUUCGUUACGUUACAUAAUAGACCAUACACUGUUGGACUGAUCAAUAUAUCGAUCGACCUGGAAGCAGCUGGUUAUGAUGGGGUCAAUCGUUUAUCGCCGUAUAGCCGGUUUUCAGCUUAUUUUCUCGUUUCGAUAGUUAAUACUGUAUUUACUGCAUAGACUGUCGCUGAAGUGGAACAGUUGGAGAUAUAAUAUUGAGCUUUUGAGAUAGUUCUAUAAAAACAUUUUUGUUUGUUUAUUUUGAUCGACUAAAGACAAGCUGUCGUUAUUUCCGAGUGUUUCCUAUAUAGAUGUCUCGGUAUACACACUGAUCUGUGAUAACUGGGCUUAUUCUAAAGGAUAUGAGGGACCACGUGUUGGAUCAGACCGGUCAAGCAUAUGCACGUCAUAAACACACCAUCAUGAGUACGUCCACUGAUGAUGACGACACCGGAAGUUUUGAUGCCGCGUGUCUCUAUGACGACCUGACGUUAUUGGAGGCCUGUCAGGAAGGAGAUAUUGAAAGCGUACAGAAUAUUCUCGAGGAUACGCCUACUGACGAAGAAAUCAACGAGACAGACAGAACUGGCAAGACCGCCCUAAGCCACGCUUGCGUAUUAGGACUAACCCCGGCGGUAGAACUGUUGUCGGAGACCCCAGGGGUGGAUCCAAACCUUGGGGACAAAGAUGGAACCACGCCCCUUAUAUUUGCUGCUCAAGCUGGUUAUCGUGAAAUAGUAAAAUUUCUCUUGAAUGACUUCCGGAAAAUCAAUGUAGACCAACGGAACAAGCUUGGGUUCACUGCUCUGAUGAAAGCUGCGAUUCAAGGGAGAACAUCAUGUGCAAAGCUGCUGUUGUACGCUGGGGCAAAUCCAAAAUUGCGGGACUAUGGUAGGAAGCUCUGUGCCGAAGAGUGGGCAAGGUUUACCGGGAGACAAGAAUGUGCAGAUGAAAUUGCCAAGUUCAUCAAUACCAAACGAUUUUUAUCAAACUCUCGUAACAAGAAAGUACAUGAACGCUCAAACAGUGAACCAGACUUAACGAAUACUUGCAAAGGAGAUAAAGAGUAUAUUGGUCGACAGCGAAAAAAAUCAAAAUCCCUCCGCAGAAAACUGAAGAAGAUGAUUCACGGACAUAAUACUCAUUCAAAUCCGCCUACAAUGAACUUUUCAGAGAGUACCAAAAUUGAUAAUCCCUUUGCAAUAAUUGCACGAUGUGUGUCAACUCCCAUACUUCCGGGAGUAGUAACACAGAGUGGUUCACCGCCUGUUCUUAAACGUCCAGUCAGUGCUGAAAACAUUCCACGCGUAGAAAUUACGUCACCUUCUGACAGGAAGUGAAGUGUUUAUUUUAUUUCAAAUCAUGUCAUUAUUUCAAGAUUCGUUGUGGGAAAAAAAGGAAUUAUAUGAUGGAAUAUGCCGCCUUCAUCUGGUGGUUUUCACAGCGAUAAGAUAAUUGUAAUUUAAAUUAAAACGUAAUUUCGGCAAUACGCCUGAAUGAUUUUCAGUUAAAGCAACGUGCAUAAACCUGAUGUUAUAUACCUCGAUCGAUGACGGGGAUUGAUAUAUUACAUACUUGAUACUUUUAAUUUCAAGUUACAUUUUGUACCUUGUUGUCUAUUGAGGGAUGUUAAUGUUUGCCAGCUCUGCUUUCGAAAAGUGGUGGCCCAAAUUUGCAAAAAAAAAUUUCAUAUUGACACAAUAAUUAUCGAAUAGUGCAUGUCUUGUGUAUUUGUUUUACUCUCAUUUUUGUGUAGUUAUAUCUCCUCAACUUUUGUUUUAUCUAAGAAAAUAUGAGAAGACUAGAAUUUAUCGAAAUUUUCAAUCUACAGUAUUAAUUAUCUAAUCAAUACAUCGUAAUACUUACGCUUCUCUAUACAAUAUCAGUUUCUUAAACUUGUGGUGUUUUGUUGUUAAUAUACAUUUUUUUUCCAUUUUUAUGAAUUAAUUACAUCGCUCAUUUAAGAAAGCUUACAUAUUAUUUCAAUACAUGAUGUAUCGGGUAAAAUAUUCCAUUGUCUUUAGAGAGUGAUAUUUUCCGUUGCUAUGACAAUACAGCCACAAGAUAUUCUUGUUUCACAUUACCUAAAUUUGCUUUCUAUGUGUAUAUUUUCUUCUUUUUAUCUAAAAUAUUAAUUAAAUUUUGUAUGAUUUAUUUAAACCUCAAUAUAUUUUUUCUGUCAUGUGACUGUUAGAAAGUUGUCAAAUACAUUUAUAUGUAUCUAAGCAUUGUCCGGAAUCCGUCAUUCAAUACACUCGUAUGUGUUAUUCUCUACCGCACAGACACAUUUCUUUGAAUUCAUGUUUAAGCAUUUCUCUUAAACAUUAAGAUGAUAACAAUUAUAAAUAAUAACAAUUUUAGACCAUUUGACUAAUAAACUAUGUUAUUCAACAAA